CUCUCUCUCUCUCUCUGUAUGCUUGAUUCUCUUCUAACGUUUUUCUGAUAACAAAAUUGAAUUGAUUAGACCAUUUGGUUUUUGUUCCAAUUGGAGAGCCAAAUGAAAUCAUACUUAUUUCCGUUGUUUUUUUUUCGCCUUUUCAGAUUUUUGUUUUGGAACACCAAUUUACAGUGCAACACCAUGACCCUAUCCUUUCCUUUUUGUCCUUCACAAGGAAGAAAAACUACCCUUGAUUUGUUCGACUUCGACAUAUACACACAACUAUUGUUACGUCGAAAGCGCUCUUAAGAGAGAUAAAGAGAGGGAUGACACGAGAUCUUCCCUCAUUCAUUCCCGUGAUCGUUUCUUGAUGUUGUUUUUCUUGUCCGUCCCCUCCGGAGAAAAUAUUGAUUGCUUGAUUGCACCGUGGGCUUCGUAUCUUUACUUGUGUGUGUGUGUGUGUGUGAGAGAGAGAGAGAGAGAGAGAGAGAGGCAGAGUUUACUGAUAUCUUCUUCCGCGUAAAAUGAGGAAGGUUUAAGGCAUGUCUACGCCCACUGACCAGAAUUGGGGAGAACAUAAAAGAUUUUCAGGGUGCUCAGAAUUGAAGUUAAGCGCUUUUGGAAAUGGAUAUUAGCGGUGAAAUUAAGAAGAGAGGAGAUGUAAGAAUUUAUGAUACUAAGGAUGACCUUGCCACAGACUUGGCUGAUUAUGUCGCUGAGUUGUCGGAGAUUGCUGUGAAGGAGAGGGGUUAUUUUGCCGUUGCUUUGUCAGGUGGAUCCUUGAUCAGCUUGAUGGGGAAGCUUUGUGAGCCUCACUACUAUAAGAUCGUGGAUUGGGCAAAAUGGCAUAUAUUUUGGGUUGACGAGAGGGUGGUAGCUAAGAGUCAUCCAGACAGCAAUUACAAAUUAGCAAAGGAUGGGUUACUCUCUAAGGUUCCAGUCGUGCCAAGCCAUGUAUACUCCAUCAAUGACACUCUCUCAGCAGAACAGGCAGCAGAAGAAUAUGAAUUCGUUCUACGGCAGCUGGUGAAGACGCGGACUGUGGAUGUUGUGGAAAGCAGUGACUGCCCAAAGUUCGAUCUGAUUCUUCUAGGCAUGGGACCUGAUGGACACAUAGCAUCCCUCUUCCCAAACCAUUCAGCAAUCAAUGAGAGAAAUGAAUGGGUGACCUUCAUCAUUGAUUCCCCUAAACCACCACCUGAGAGGAUCACAUUUACCCUGCCGGUGAUCAACUUUGCCUCGAAUAUUGCAUUUGUUGUGACAGGAGGUAAUAAGGCUGAAGCUGUUCGUCUGGCCAUCAAUGAGAAUCCAGAGCACAUAUUGCCAGCACGUUUGGUCAGUCCAAGCAAUGGCAAUCUGGUUUGGUUUUUGGAUAAGGAAGCUGCUUCAGAACUUGCUGCUUGUCAGUCUUCUGGGGGAUCUUGAUAAGCCAUGAAGGAGCUUGAUGUGGACUUUAGCACUGUUCUUGUGUCCUCAUUGUUAGUUUGAUAUUAUAUUAUUUCUUUCUUUCUUUUUUUGGUCAUACCAUCCUUUCUACCUCCAUUGUAUCUCUGUAGGAAGGCAUUAAUAAAGCGGCCAAGGAAAGGCUUUUGAGAACA